UGUAUUUAUGAAGUGUGCACUGCAACUGUGCCAGACCCUGCUGCAGGUACUGGAGACCCAACACGGGGGCCAGUGCCUGCCUCGUGGCAAUCCCAGACUGGAGGAAGGUGACAUUCAGCAUGAAAGCCAAGAACAAGCUAAUUUCAGAUUUAGCUCUUUAGAAGACUGUAAAGUGAAAGGCCUGAAGGGCAGGACUGUGAAGRUCUCCUCAGGGAGGUGAGCUUUGGUCCCGGGUCUUCAACUCGCUUGACUGGACAAGGCACAGUCUUGGGGCUCUCGGUUGCAUCCCUACAGCCACGAGAGGAGGGCGAGAGCGUACUUUUAGCCCGUGUUACAGCAGGAGAACCUGGGCGGAGAGGUCGGGUAGUGUGCCCAGAGCCACUGCCAGCAGUGAGAGAGCGCAGCAGUCAGACUGUCACCUUCCGAAGAGGCGGGGCAGCCUCGAGGAGUGGGGUCGCCUCAGGCCCCGCCCCUUCCCGGAGGGGCGCGUUCGGCCGAGGUUCAGGAACGCCUCGUAACCUAUGGGUAGGGACUGGGCGCAAGACGGGCCCUGUUAUCGGAGAUACGGAAAGAAGAUCGCGAUUGGCUCUCUCUGGAGGGUGGGCGGGACUCCGUCGGCCUGUGCGCGCGCCACUGGGAGGCGUUGCCCAAAGCACAGUGGGAAGGGGCGUAUCGCCGCGCGGUCGGCCGUUGGCGGCUUGGCCCCGCCCCGGAUGUCGCGCGUCACGGGCUGAGCACCGGCGAUUGGCCGUCGCCGCGCGAGGGGCGGGGCGGAAGGUUCUGGAGGGGGCUGGCGGGCUCUGGAAGCUUCCGCCGGACGGGUAUAUAGAGUCCAGGACGGGGCGGCGGCGGAGCCGGGGGACGGCGACAGCUGGGCGGCGGGCCGCAGGUGGGGGCCAUGGGCAAGGACUACUAUCAGACGCUGGGCCUGGCCCGCGGCGCGUCGGAUGACGAGAUCAAGCGGGCCUACCGCCGCCAGGCACUGCGCUACCACCCGGACAAGAACAAGGAGCCCGGCGCCGAGGAGAAGUUCAAGGAGAUCGCCGAGGCCUACGACGUGCUCAGCGACCCGCGCAAGCGCGAGAUCUUCGACCGCUACGGGGAGGAAGGCCUAAAGGGYGGUGGCCCCAGUGGCGGUAGCAGCGGUGGUGCUAACGGUACCUCUUUCAGCUACACAUUCCAUGGAGACCCUCAUGCCAUGUUUGCUGAAUUCUUUGGUGGCAGAAAUCCCUUUGAUACCUUUUUUGGGCAGCGGAACGGAGAGGAAGGCAUGGACAUCGAUGACCCAUUCUCCAGUUUUCCCAUGGGCAUGGGUGGCUUCACCAACAUGAACUUUGGUCGCUCCCGCCCUCCCCAAGAGCCCACCCGGAAGAAGCAAGAUCCCCCUGUCACCCACGACCUGAGGGUCUCCCUUGAAGAAAUUUACAGCGGCUGUACCAAGAAGAUGAAAAUCUCACACAAGCGGCUGAACCCCGAUGGAAAGAGCAUUCGAAACGAAGACAAAAUUUUGACCAUUGAAGUGAAGAGGGGGUGGAAAGAAGGGACCAAAAUCACCUUCCCCAAGGAAGGAGACCAGACCUCCAACAACAUUCCAGCUGACAUUGUCUUUGUUUUAAAGGACAAGCCACACAAUAUCUUUAAGAGAGAUGGUUCUGACGUCAUUUAUCCUGCCAGGAUUACCCUUCGAGAGGCUUUGUGUGGCUGUACAGUAAACGUCCCCACUCUGGACGGCAGGACCAUACCCGUCGUAUUCAAAGAUGUCAUCAGGCCUGGCAUGCGGCGAAAAGUUCCUGGAGAAGGCCUCCCCCUCCCCAAAACGCCAGAGAAACGCGGGGACCUCAUUAUCGAGUUUGAAGUGAUCUUCCCAGAAAGGAUUCCCCAGACGUCAAGAACCGUACUUGAGCAGGUUCUUCCAAUAUAGUCACCUGCGUUCCCCAAGGACUAACCAGGGACCUUUCCACAGCUCAAGGAUUUCCGGACCGUUCACCAGUUGUGGACAGAGAGAGGCGGGAGGGCCCAGGGAGGGCUUUCGUACUGCUGAAUGUUUUCCAGAGAAUAUAUUACAAUCUUUCAAAGUCGUGCACUAGACUUAAGUGGUUUUUCGAGCGAUAGAGCGGCAGGUGGUGGGCACAGCAGAGAAGGGCAUUACAGUCUGCCCUACUGGUUCCUGCAGCCCUCCUGGGAUGGGCCCACCUUCUGCUCCUCCAGUCCCUGCCCAGGGGCGAGAGACAGGCCCACAGCUGGACUUGAUCCCUCUGUAGACCCUUUGCUUCCUGCUGUUAGAUGGUGUCAACCUGCCAUCUUGGUCACCAGACCCUGUGCACUCCUCAGUUUGUGUUGUAUGAUCGGUUCGUGUUUUAUUCUGUAUUUGCCUCCCACACCUUGCUUGUCCCCUGAAGAAUUCUCUCUUCUCUUUGACCAUCUCAAAUUGAGAACCUAAAUCAGUUCUGCAGAACUGCCUGGCUGGCACCACAGCAAUACCUCGUUCCAGCAGGACCAAGGGAGCCAGCCUUCAGGGAGUGAGUCUCGCACCCACCUCUCCCCCCAGGUCCUGGUGGCCUGGCUGGAGCAGGGGGUCCUCCUGACCUCUGGCUCUGGUGACACUGAAAGUGCUGAUUUAUGGGUCACACUCUUUUCUUUGUCCAUAAAGCAAUCCUUUGGCACACCUGAGGCUUAACCAGUGGCCCAGGUAAUUUUUUUGUUUAAUGGACUCUGGACUCUUCUCAAAGGGAUCUGAUCCCUUUGAAUUUUGCACAGCCCUAGAUAUAAUCCCUUUUGAUAAAAGGGUCUUUGCUUCUGAUUACAGGAGCACUGUGGAACGUCUGUAAAUAUGUUUUUAUAAUUCCAUGUAAAGUUGGUGUGCACUCAAAUGAAAACAGUCCAUGGCAGCUGCUGCUCUCUGUACAGAGCCAAGAAUCGGAAGAAACCUUGGGAGUGGGAAAGUUGGAACAAAAAAAAUGUCUGUUCUCUGGAGACCAGUCUGGUGCUCAGACCUUUAGACUUAUUGUAAGUUGCCACUGCCGACAYGAGACCAAAGUGUGUGACUUGUCAUUAUGCAGCGUGACAGCAUUAAAGACUGAUGCUAAACCUCAGGGGA